CAAACCGUUGAUAGACUUUAUGACACAAAUCUGUUAUUAAUAUUGUGUUGAAAGUGAAAGACAAUGACUCCGAAGCCAAAGAGUCUUCUGACCAAAUUGGAUGUCCCGACGAAGUAUUUGUUUAGCGCCGGCAUCACUAAUAUGAGUACACGAGUGAAAGCGGCUAUGAUUUUGCCACUUCUGUCGCAAUCGGAUCCACAAUUCCAACAGAUCCUCAAAGACAUCACAGAAGGAAUACGUUAUAUCUUUCAGACAUCAAAUCGUCAUUCCUUUGCCAUCUCUGGACCCAAUUGUUUAGCAUUUGAGACCGCAAUCAGUAAUUUGACAGAAACGGACGACAAGAUAUUACUGAUGGAACACGGCGCUGAUGGCGAACGAAUGGCAAAGUCGUCGAAGACAUUGACCCGUAAAUUGAUUCGACUCCAAGUGGCAAAUCCGGGCGAUUUAGUGGACACUGAGCCCAUCAAACAGGCGCUGACCGCACAUCAGCCUAAAGUGCUGUUCUUACGUCACGGCGACACCAGUGCCGGCACUCUUCAGCCGCUCAGAGGCAUAGGAGCUCUUUGUCGCAAAAACAACUGUAUAUUUAUGGUGGACGCGAGCGCUACUGUCUGUUGCGCGCCCUUAUCUAUGGAUAAGUUGGAGAUCGAUGUACUGAUUGCUGGCACACAAUUCGCUUUGGGACUCUCGCCCGGACUCACUCUCAUGUCAUUCAACGAUCGGGCCGUCAAAGCGAUCAGUCAAAGGAAGUGCAGAAUUUCCCAUACAAUGAAUUUCGAUCUGUUGGCCCAGUCGUGGGGUUUGACCGGCGAUGAGAAGGUUGUCUAUCACUACACGCCUUCCAUUUCAUUGCUUUACGCACUGCGAGAGUCGUUGGCAGAGGUUGUGGACGAAGGGUUGGACAAAAUGAUUGAAAGGCAUAUGAAGUUUAGUUUAGUCGCGCAGAAAGAGAUCUCAAAGAUUGGUCUCAAAUUUCUCGUGGAAGAGGAAUCAAAGCGACUCACGUCUGUUCUGGUGAUACAAGUGCCCGACUCUAUCAAAAGGGAUGCCAUUAUUGAGUAUUUGUAUAAAUACUAUAAUGUGAUCAUCAGUUCAGGGAUUCCGCCCAUCGAUAAGGUCUGGAGAAUCGGAAUUCUGGGUCAAAACGCCAACAGAAGUCCAGUAAAACUGUUGAUAACAGUAUUGAGAGAAUCGAUACAAUUGGCCAAAAAGAGCGAAGGAGAGAGUUCUCUAAGAAGUCCGUCGACUAUAUCUUCAACUAUUGAAUAA